AUGAGAGCUUGUCCUAGAAAAGCGAAGAGAUCCACAACAUGUGGGUUUGUCAUGUUGCAGUCUGAUUCAUUUGUUGAAACAGCAAUCAUUUGCCAAAUUGCAUUCAUUCUCAUUUGAUUCCUUCUCCACCUUUCUCUCAAUAAACAGAAAAAAAAUGACUACAUAUGGAACAAUCUCAGAAGAGGCAGGGGUUUCAUCAGAUUCAAAUCCUCUUUUUGUUUCACAUGCCAAAGAGCGCAUUCGAGCUGGUUUAGGUACAACAAGACCAUGGAAAGAAGUCUUCCAAAUUUCUCAUCUCAAACUUCCACCUUCCUUCUUCGGUUCAAUCCAAAGAAUCAACACAAAUGCAAAACAUUUUCGUGCCAACUACGUCAUCAUAAUACUGCUUGUACUUUUCCUUAGCUUACUAGGCCACCCCAUUUCCUUGAUCAUACUAGUUGUCAUGAUGAUUGCAUGGCUCUACUUGUAUUUCCUACGAGACACCCCUUUGGUGAUUUUGAGGUUUGAAAUCGAUGAGAGAUUGGUGGUUAUCUCUUUGUUGUUGAUCACCAUUGGUUUGCUUGUUCUCACCAAUGUAACCUACAAUGUGAUAGCAGGUAUGUCUGUUGCACUAGCAAUUGUGUUGGUCCAUGCUGUGAUGAGAGAAACAGAAGAUCUGUUUACCAUGGAUGAAGAGGUAAGGGUUGUAAAAGGUGUUAGAGAGGUCGUCAAAGUCCCUCUUAGACAAGCUGGUUCCUCUUCUUUUAAUUUGCCUUAGAGGCAAAUUGUCAAUACAAGAGAAAAAGUUGUUAGAUAAUUCAGGACUGCUAAAUAUCCUUGUUCCGAACAAAUCUCUACAAAUUAGAAUCAGGAGGUUUAUAUUUCUUGUCACUUCCCUUCUUCAUCAUUGAUUCAUAAUUAUCCAAUGUAUUGUUGAUAGAUAUUGCAUUGUCUUUGUUGUUAUUUCUCUGAAGCUAUCUUAAUCCCAUGAUGUAGUUUCUUGUGACAUGUAUUGAGAGUGGACAAUUCAGAAUGUUAUUUGCCUUUGUUGCGGGUAAAACAAACAUUCAUUUAAUUGCCUUGAUGGUGAACCUUUGUAUUUUUCUAAAGUCAAUAAUUGGCUACAUGUAGCUCAAAAGUAAACGUUUCAUCCUAAUUGAAACACUUCCUUGCCAGUUUCCAUUGCAAUUUGUACACAUCUACUCAUGGAAAUGUGUCAGACUGGAAGUUUAGAUGGUUAAAGAAAAGCAAGGUUGCAUACAGUCAAGUCAAGGCUCGAGCAAGUUGUGCAUCAAUCAUCAUAAUCUGCUGAUAGCAACUAGCACAAACGGUUUCAAAUGAUAAUUCAGUCCAUUCUAUCUACGAACUACCCCCACUGUUCAAUUUGGAUACAAAGCACAUAGUCAAGUUGAAUAAGCAGCAAGGCUUAUAAAUUGAGUGCUUAGACGCGUAGGAUAAGAAAAAUACUGCCAUGAUUGAUAACCUCAUAUCUAGAUCAAAAUCUGUUUACUUUUAUUCUUUUUUAACCCUUUUUUGGGCUUGGGGUGGGGGUGUUGUUUGCGCAAUAAUUCUUUCUUCCCGGUGGAUAAGGGAAAAGUUUGGUGGAUACUAAAUUUUAUUUAGAGAGAAAAAAGAAAUAAGAGAAAAAAUAUAUGUA